UCCUUUACAACUUUAAAAAACUUAACCCCCAUCUCUCUAUCUCAUGCACUUCCCGCUCUAUGCUCCCACCCACAACAAUGACAAUGGACCUCUGCUUCUCCUUUCUCCUCUUUUCCACAACUUCUCUACUUCUUGCUGCCCUCUCUCCCUCCUCCGCCACCAAUGACACCGCAGCCCUCUCCCUUUUCCGAUCUCAAACCGACCUCCACGGCGCACUCCUCUCCAAUUGGACAACCGCCGCCGCUUCCACUGCCUGCACAGCCAAUUGGGUCGGCGUUAACUGCACCAACAACCGUGUCACAGCCGUCUCCCUCCCCUCCCUCAGCCUCCGAGGUCCCAUUGAUGCCCUCUCCUCACUAGACCAGCUCCGCUUCCUCGACCUCCGCGGCAACCGCCUCAACGGCACCCUUGCUCCCAUCACACAAUGUCUCAACCUCAAGCUUGUUUACCUUUCCGACAACGAUUUUUCUGGGGAAAUACCGCCGGAGUUGUCCUCCCUCCACCGCCUCCUCCGCCUCAAUCUCUCCAACAACAACCUUCGCGGCCCAAUUCCCACUCAGCUCUCCAACCUGUCACGCUUGCUCACUCUUCAGCUCCAAAAUAAUGAACUCUCCGGGACAAUUCCUGACUUUCUCGGUUCGCUUCCACAGCUCAAAGAAUUGAAUUUAUCAAACAAUGAGCUAUACGGGCUGCUUCCAAAGAGCUUACUAUCGCGGUACGGCGUAAGUAGCUUUUCCGGCAAUGAAGGGCUGUGCGAGAAUAGCCCUUUCACCAACUGUACAAACGCCGGCGGUCGGCAGCCAUCAUCGUCUUCUCAAACUGUACCUUCAAAUCCCAGUUCUCUUCCUUCAUCAUCAACUGCUUCAACUGAAGAACCAUCAAGCAAGCAUCAUAAAAGGCUGAGCAACGGAGCAAUAGUUGCUAUAGUGGUGGUGAAUUCUGUGCUAUUAUUGGUGAUUGCGUCGUUUAUGGUGGCGUACUAUUGCGGCAAGAACUCGAGGGACGCAAGUUCAAUGGCGGAGAGCGAGGGUGGGAAAAGGAGCAGCCAUUCAAGCGAAAAGAGAGUUUACGCGAACAAUGGAGGUGGAGAUAGUGAUGGAACUAACGCUACUGACAAGAGCAAAUUAGUGUUUUUCGACAGGAAAAAGCAGUUUGAACUGGAGGAUUUGCUCCGGGCAUCAGCGGAGAUGCUUGGGAAAGGGAGUUUGGGGACUGUUUACAAGGCUGUUCUUGACGAUGGAAGCACCGUAGCUGUGAAAAGGCUCAAAGAUGCAAAUCCUUGUGCCAGGAAAGAAUUUGAGCAGUACAUGGAUGUGGUUGGGAAGCUUAAGCAUCCAAAUGUAGUUAGAUUCAGAGCUUAUUACUAUGCAAGAGAAGAGAAGUUGCUCAUUUAUGAUUAUCUGCCUAAUGGCAGCUUACAUUCACUUCUUCAUGGUAGCAGAGGACCUGGAAGAAUCCCAUUGGAUUGGACUACAAGAAUCAGCUUGAUACUCGGUGCUGCUCGAGGGCUUGCAAGAAUUCACGAGGAGUACGCAGGUUCAAGAAUUCCUCAUGGAAAUGUGAAAUCAUCCAACGUAUUGCUCGACAAAAAUGGGAUAGCUUGCAUUUCUGAUUUCGGGUUGUCACUGCUUCUGAACCCUGUCCACGCCAUAGCUAGAUUGGGAGGGUACAGGGCUCCGGAGCAGGCAGAAAUCAAGAGACUCUCACAGAAGGCUGAUGUUUACAGCUUUGGAGUUGUGUUGCUUGAAGUGCUCACCGGCAGGUCCACGUCUCACUAUCCUUCAUCGGGUGGGCGUCGGGCGGAAGAGGAGGAACAGGCAGUGGACCUGCCGAAAUGGGUCCGGUCUGUGGUGAGAGAUGAGUGGACAGCUGAAGUGUUUGAUCAAGAACUGUUGAGGUACAAGAACAUUGAGGAAGAGCUGGUGUCUAUGCUGCAUGUGGCAAUGGCCUGUGUGGUGCCGCAGCCUGAGAAAAGGCCUACUAUGGGUGAAGUUGUGAGAAUGAUAGAGGAGAUAAGGGUGGAGCAGUCGCCACUGGGGGAAGAGUACUAUGACGAAUCGCGCAAUUCGCUCUCGCCCUCCAUGGCCACUACUGAAGAUGGAUUGGCCUGAAUUGUGUGCUGUUCCACCGUUUGGUGCAGAAUUUGCAGUGUCUCGUUGCAAAUUGGUGGUGGUGAUUAGUUCUUUCCUCGAGGAGAUGGAGAUUAUUUCUUCCCUGUAAUAUUGUGGCUAGUAUUCUUGUGUAUCAUUGCAUUGUGCAUCUUGAUUAUUCAUGAGAAAAGUUCGUCAAUAUGCAGCAGCAUUAAUCA